UACAAGCACACUCACUCCUCCACUACAGCUGCUCCAGGUCCACAUCCUUCUACCCUCACCUACAAAGAUGUCAACAACAAGGAAAGACAAACGGGAAAGCACUGAUGAGCCUCACAGGUCUGAAACAACCCAGGUUGUUUUAAGAAGAGUCCCAGAGAGCAGAGUGUUCACCUUCAGAGGAGACUGCACCGUCAAACAGCUGAAGCUGUGUCUGUCUGAGCAGCUGCGGGUCCCAGCAGAGCAGCUGGUGCUGACCCACUCUGGAUGGGUCCUUAGGGAGUCAGAACUGAUGAGUCACUUAAAAGGACAGAGAGGAUCUGUCAGCCUCUGCACGAUCAGACGGCCUGAGUCUUCACCCCCUCAGACUGGGGAUCCACCUUCAGAAUCUGUCCAGUCAGAGGUGACAGCUGUUCCUGACCCUGAUCCCAUCCAAACACCAACUCCCUGUGCUCUGGGUUUCCUGGAGGGUCUGGGCAGUGCUGGUUUGGAAAACAGUAGAUCGAGUUUCUGUACUGCACCCCAGAGCCAAAUGGAGGAACAGUCACUGAGUGAACCAGAGAUGGUGCAGAACCCCCACUGCUCCUCCAGCCCUGAAUUGACAAACCAGGUCAAUCUGUGUAAUCCACAGUUUCAGCAGGUCCUGAAAACACACCCUGAGGUGGAGGACAUGUUGAACAACACAGGUGUUAUAAUGCAGUGUCCGGGGGAAGACGUUGUGGAGGAAACUGCAGGCAGAGCUUUAGAAAAUGUGGUGCAGGGCAACGAUGAAAACACUGCUGAUCCGGAUGUCCUUCAAACAGUAGAUGCAAAUUGGCAGAUAUCCCAGAAAGCAACAUUUCCACUGGUAAUUACAUCAUUCGGAAGUCCUCAGGGACCAGAGGGAAACACCAGUUCUGCAUCACCUCUCUCCAGUGACUCCAGAGACCCCCUUAAAGAAAUGACUGAUACGCCCAGCUCAAACAUUCAGGGUACUUUUACUGCAGGUAUUCAGUCGCUUCUGAAGGAGGUCACGUCCAGCCCAGGUCUGAUGGAGACUCUGCUGUCUGGACCGUACAUCAGCAGUCUAUUGGAUUGCCUGAGCCAGAACCCUGACGUCACUGCACAGAUGCUGCUGAGCCAUCCUUUGUUCUCAGGAAAUGUUCAGCUGCAAGAGCAGAUCAGGCAGCAGAUCCCUCUGUUUCUGCAACAGAUGCAGAGGUCAGAGCUGCUGUCCAUGGUGCUGAACCCCCAAGCUAUGGAGGCCUUGCUACAAAUCCAACAUGGUCUGCAGACUCUGGCUGUAGAGGCUCCCUUCCUUGUGCCUGUUGCAGGACUUGGAACCAGUGGCGGUUCUGAUCCGGACCCGAACAGCCAGUCUGGAUGCCCACAGGAAGCCCUCCUAACAAAACAACAGCAGCAGCAGCAGUUUGUGGAUCAAAUGCUAAAGGCUCUGGCUAACGCCAACAAUGGGGUUCAUCAUGAGGAGGACUUCCAGGAGGAGCUGCAGCAGCUCAGCCUAAUGGGCUUUAGAGACAGACAGGCAAACCUUCAGGCCCUCAUCAGCACAGGAGGAGAUCUGCCCUCUGCUCUACAUCUGCUCAGUCUUUCAACAGCAACACAUACAUGAUCUAUUAUUAAGAGGUCUAUUGCAAAAACCAAAUUGUUUUUCAAAGGGAUUUUAAUUUCAUUUAUCCAAAUAUGUUGGAAAAGGCUGGGAAGAGGUUCAGUGCCUCCAAAUCCAAGUCCAUGGUCUUGAGCCGGAAAAGGGUAGAGUGCCUUCUCCAUACAAGCGGCAGAAGUUAGUCUUCUCCGUAGUGUGUCUGGGCUCUCCCUUAGAGAUAGGGUGAGGAGCUCUGUCACCCGGGGAGGACUCAGAGUAGAGCCGCUGCUCCUCCCUGUCAAGAGGAGCCAGUUGAGGUGGCUCGGGCCUCUGAUUAGGAUGCCUUCUGGAUGCCUGCCAUGCAAAGUGUCCUGGGCAUGUCCCACCGGGAGGAGGCCCAGGGAGAGACCCAGGACACGAUGGAGGGACUAUGUUUCUCGGGUGGCCUGGGAGUGCUUUGGGAUUCCCCCGGGGGAGCUGGCCCAAGUGGCUGCGGAGAGGAACGUCUGGGCCUCCCAACUGAAGCUGCUACCCCCGUGACCCGACCCUGGAUAAGCGGAAGAAGAUGCAUAGUUUCCUUGGCCGACCUUACUUUAUCAAAUGAUUCACAGAAUCAUAAAAGUGUUGUUACAAAUCAAACAUGCUUCAAUUUUCCUAUCAAGACAAGGAGCAGUUCUUAUUUGCCAAGUUAUUCCUUUAAAAACAUUUGCCAACUUAUUAUUAUAAAACAGCAACUUUCUUAGUUUAACUAAACCUUCUU